GCCCAGAAAUGUUGGCCUAAAACUAGGACCACAUCUAUUGGCCAUCGGAGCGUGAAGACUACUCUCGUCAAAGGCGCGUUAGGAAAGAUAUACAGCGUCGGAGCAGAAGUGGAGAAGCAGGAGAAUCGACCACAAUCGCCUCAACCCGAAACUCAUAACCUAAUUCCGCCGGAAUCCAGCGAUGUAGGUUUCCACUCAGCCGGAGUUUCCGGUGCUAUCGUUUCAUCCACCACCAUCGACGCCCAACGGAUCACACAAUUAGGCAAUGUGUCGUCUCCUCCUUCCAAAAUCCCCCUCCGUCCUCGGAAAAUCCGGAAGCUUACAAUCGACGGUGACGCCGGCGGGGAAGACUGUAAGGCUGAUGAAAUCCCCUCCGAGACAACCUCGCCGCUCACGAUGUCCGGGAAACCCGCCGCUAAGAAUAAACUGCCGCAACCACGCGCUAUAACCGUGCCGAGAAUCCAGGCUCGGCCUCUCACAUGCGAAGGCGAGCUCGAGGCGGCGAUUCACCAUCUCCGGAAUGCGGAUCCAUUGCUCGCCGCGUUAAUCGACGUUUACCUGCCGCCGACUUUAGAGUCCUUCGCGACUCCGUUUCUGGCGCUGAUACGCAACAUCCUCUACCAACAACUUGCCUCGAAAGCCGGAAACUCCGUCUACACACGAUUCAUUGCUCUCUGCGGCGGCGAGCACUCCGUCGUCCCCGAGACCGUCCUUGCCUUGAACCCUCAGCAGCUUCGUCAGAUAGGCGUAUCGGGACGGAAGGCGAGCUACCUCCACGACCUCGCGAGAAAGUAUGAAAACGGAAUCUUGUCGGAUUCCGCAAUUGUGAACAUGGAUGAUAAGUCUCUGUUCACGAUGCUAACAAUGGUCAACGGGAUCGGGUCGUGGUCCGUUCAUAUGUUCAUGAUAAACUCCCUUCACAGACCAGAUGUGUUGCCGGUGAACGAUCUCGGAGUCAGGAAAGGCGUGCAGAUGCUGUAUAACUUAGAGGACCUGCCUCGGCCGUCGCAGAUGGAGCAGCUUUGUGUCAAGUGGCGACCGUACAGGUCAGUGGCUUCGUGGUACAUGUGGCGGCUCAUCGAAGCUAAGGGCACAUCAACGGGUACUGUUGCAGCCCGAGCUGCUGCUAUGUCGUUGCCGCCAUUGGAAGACAUUCAACAAGAUCAGCAGCAGCAGCAGCAACAACAACAGCUUCUGGAUCCUCUUAGUGUGUUCAGUAUCCGGGCUUGGGGACAAUCGUAGCUGGAUGCUCUGAUGGCUUAUGGGGAGUUUUUGUUCCGGUCUUCGGCGAAUGUCUAGUAAAAAAGUGUGGGAGAAAAAAAAUAAAAGGAGCUUCUUUUUAGGCUGGGUUCCUUGAGACACAAGCUGAAAGACCAGGGAAUAUGAUGAUCUUAGUUGAGUCAUAGAGUCUGUAAUGUUAAGACUUAAAGAGUAGCUAAUGACAUUGACAAGGAUUUCUUCAAUAUUCUUGACGGAGCUUCCUUAUUCUUUAUGUUAAUACAGCACCACAUGUCUGUAUCUCACCCCUUACUCAUUCCUAACUGUCUGAUUCAUCG